GCUGAUAAACUCUCAAUAUAGGAGCUGACAAACCGCCCAUAAAACAUAGUGACACUUUCAAGAAGUGAUUAUACAACAAUUUACCUAAUAGUAUGACCCUAUUGCGCGAGUUGCUAUUCCAUCGUGUGAGCUUACAGAUGCUCCUCGUACAUUAUGCUCUUUGAGCUUCCGUGGAAAUGUCCGUGGGGAUUGCUCCGCUUUUCCAUCUCGCUUUCGUCAGAGGUUGUGGCACAGCUACUAGGAGCACUCAUAUGACAACGAUGGGAAAUCAAGAAACUAACGAGAUGGUAAGGGAUUACUGAGUGUGUGUAUAGAUAUCUAAGCAAAUUGUGGUAAUGACUCGUUUUUAGUGGAUGCGUCUGGGAGUAUAAAACCAUGUACUCCUUUCUCUAAUCCGUAUAUACAAUACCAGCAGGUUCUUAAGGCAGUUCGCCGGCUAGAGUUACUUUGAAGCAUAUUAGCAAUUAUGCCUUCCCCUUUACAGUCCUUCCUGCUGUUCGCUCUCUCCUUAACGGCGCGGGCUGUUACUGCUCAAGCACCACCUGUAACUGAGCAGUCAACAGGUUUUAAUUCCACUUUCACUCUAUCAUCAUCCCAAAUCGAGUCGGCGAACUUGUCAACAACAUUGGCUUCUAGCAUUAAUACCGUUGUUAGGUUCGACCGUUCCCAACUCGCCAAUGGCGGUCCCGCAGAGGAUACCUUCUAUAAUCUUCCCCCGCUCUCGAACACAUCCGCGUUGCGCCCUGGGACUCUCCUGAAAGUUCAGGACUUCACUAACACAUCAUCCUUCGUCAUCCCGCCUAACACGGCGCUCUCCCGCAUUCUUUACACAACUACCGACUAUAAUGGAACGGUAAUCCCGGCCUCAGCCUUCAUUCUCUGGCCAUUCUUGCCUAAGAAAUUCCAACAAAGCUCGUCGGGAUACGUCCACAAUAAGACUACCAAGGCGCCCGCGGUUAUUUGGGCCCAUGGGACAUCUGGAUUUUUUGCCCCCCAAGCUCCAUCAACCCAUCGUGCUCUGUGGUAUGGGGAUUCUGCGCCUUUCACCUUGGCCCUAGCGGGUUAUGCGGUUGUCGGCCCUGAUUACGCUGGCCUUGGCAUAUCUAAAUCUUGGGAUGGUAGCGAUAUCCCACACCAGUACUCCCUGUCGCAAACCACGGCGCGCGACUCUUUAUACGCACUCCAGGCAUCCCUAGCUGCAUUUCCUAAUCGCCUUGAUGACCAUUUCGUAUCCUUCGGUCACAGCCAAGGUGGAGGAGUGGCCUGGGGUGUUGCAGAAGUUAUCGCGGCAGAGAAAGAUAACGAAUUCAAGCACUUAGCCAAGGGAUACCUCGGUUCGAUCGCAGGAAGCCCGACAACAGACCUAUUCAACCGCUUAGUACCGCAAUUUAUUCCCUCGUGGGUCGGCUUGGCACUCAGCAGCAUUUUCCCUGACUUCGAGCUCAGCGCAUGGCUAACACCUCUUGGUGUCGCACGCACACAACUAUUCAAAGAAAUAUCUGGCGGUGUCUCAGUUUCAGCCCAACUCUUUCUCUCGAGUGAUAAUUUAAUCCGCGACGACUAUAAGAGCACCUGGUAUGUUGACGCAUAUGCUAGGAUCGCCAAUGCGGGGCGUAAGCCCUUUGCAGGCCCGCUGCUCGUGCUUCAAGGGACUGCGGAUCCGUAUAUCCUGUACAACAUCACGUCCACCACCAUCCAGGAAACGCGCGACGUUUAUCCUGGUGGCGAUUUAGAGUACGUUGUCGUCAAUGGUACGAGCCACGUACCAACACUUGAUGCUACGAGACAGAUCUGGCUUAGGUGGAUUGAAGAAAGAUUUGAAGGGCGACCGCUAGAGAAGACCGGGUAUGCUAGGACGGAUUAUGAGAGUUGGCUGCCCUUGGAGCGCUACCAAAGUACUGGAAACUCGUUCCCCCAAUUUGCUGGGUUGACCGAAUACAGCUAUGAAGCUCCGCUGGGAGCUUAAGGAGCGAGCGAAUAUUCCACCUGUCCUUAUAUUCCAUUUCAUAUUCUCCUAAGUGUUCAUAAAUUCAUUUCUUAUACGAUUGUAUAUAUUAAUUCGUGGUUCAGUUAUAGUGUCAAUAACUCACGGAACCUCGAACCGCCCCUUUGUGCCUUUGUGCAUUAUCUUUAGACGAUUCAUUACCACUUCUGCCAUAUAUUCAUAUAAUCUGCAGCUUUCAAGAUAGGCUUACAUAUGUACUCACGAGUUAUUCCUACUGACGCACUAGCCUACUAUAUAAAUUUUAUACAUGC